AUGUCGAGCACUGCAUCGGCGUUCGCCCGAUUGAAACCCCACUCCCUCAGCUCCCGUACGGUCUUUGUCAAGUGUAUCCCAGCUCCAGUAAGCUUCUCCGAACGGAGGGCCGUCUACACAGCCCUCCAAAAGGUCUCGUUUGAGACCAUCGAGACCUUUAAGAAGCUCGAGGACAACUCCUGCUUCAUCGCCGUUACCACCAAGCCGGGCACUGCUGCAGCCCUCGUUAACGAUUCGCCUUUGACCCGCACCAUCAUUUCGCACCAGCAAGAUGCAGAUGCCGCUGCAUCACCUGGCCGUGCUUCCUGGGGCUCCGAGUUCGAUCUACGAGGCUCCAUAACCGAACCAGUCAGCCCGCUCCCAGCAAACAAAGCGACCCAAGCGACGGCAGCCUCGGCUGAUUUGGGACUGUCACAUAAGACUUUUACACUACGCAUAUUCCCCGCGAAUACGUCCUACAACCACGUCGAAGAAGUCAAAAAGUCUCCUCUCCACGGACCAUGGCCAGACAACGAUGUCAGUGAGACAUUCGUGUCCGCCGCCCUCAACAGGAUCAUACCGGCUGGCGCGAUGGCCCCCGCCCUGCGAGAUUGGCAGACUGCGAACCAGCUGACGCGCGAGUCUACGAGCUUUGCUGGGGAAGGCCGCGAAGGGGCCGCUCACGCCUUGAUGGGGAAAAAGCGACUCUCGGAACGCGAGCACUUCCUUCUGGAACGCAUUCGACGCAGACAACAAGCGGAGGGAAUACCCACUGUCAUGAAGAGCUUGGCUCUCUUUGCAGAUUUGAGCGCCGCCAGAUCUAGGCCUUCCAAGACGUCACGAGAAUCACCACAGCACUACAUGGCACCCGAAGAGUCAGUCGAGAGACCCGUGGAGUUGCCGUCGAAUGAGGUCAGUUCAGCACAGCAUGGAACCCUGCUCGACGACGAUGCAUUCAAGGAGCUUCUCAUGAAAGCUGAGGAAAAUUCACAUCACGACGGGACUCAGCCACAACUUUCGCGUCACAACACAGUGUCUAACGGAUCGCAUACUACACUUGAUUCCCAAACCCCUACUUCGGGCGGCCUGGCAAAAGAAGAACCUCUGCUUGACAACGCUGAGUCCAAGAAGCUACUUAAAGAGGACGAAGAAACGGCACCACAAUUACCUAAAGAGUCCAAGAACUCGUUCUCCGACCAGGCGAAUUCUGCAAAACGCGGACCUUUGUUGGACGGAGCCGCGUUUAAUAAGCUUCUCGAGCAAGAAGACUGA